AUUUUUCGAAAGAACAGAACUGAGUUGGUGUAAAAUCCUUCUCCGUGAGCAGUGACCGAGUUGCAAUUUUGCAUCAAUCGGAGUCGAAACGCACGAAAUCUUCAGAGAGAGUGUGUUGAAGAUGGAGUCGACGUUGCCGACGACGUCGACGGUGAAACGAGGAGGGAGAUCCAAGACUGUUCAGACCUCCAAACCUUCCCUCAUCAUGGCCUUCUUCUCUUGCGUCGCGUGGCUCUACGUCGCCGGCAGGUUAUGGCAAGAUGCAGAGAAUCGGAACUUACUUGCUAGUCUUCUGCAGAAGCACUCAUCACAGAGGCCCAAGGUGCUUACGGUGGAUGAUAAGCUAAUGGUCCUAGGGUGCAAGGAUCUGGAGAAGAGGAUUGCGGAAGCUGAGAUGGAAUUGACACUGGCCAAGAGUCAAGGGUACCUCAAAAGCCAAGGGCUGAAAACGGUCUCUUCUUCUGACCGUAGGCUUCUUGCUGUUAUUGGAGUGUAUACUGGAUUCGGAAGCCGAUUGAAAAGAAAUGUUUUCAGAGGGUCUUGGAUGCCCAGAGGUGAUGCCUUGAAAAAACUUGAAGAAAGAGGAGUGGUCAUACGUUUUGUAAUUGGUCGGAGUCCUAAUCGAGGCGAUAGUUUGGAUCGCAAUAUUGAUGAGGAAAACCGCUCGACAAAGGAUUUCCUGAUUCUUGAAGGACAUGAGGAAGCUCAAGAAGAGUUGCCUAAAAAAGCAAAAAUGUUCUUUAGUACAGCAGUUCAGAACUGGGAUGCGGACUUUUAUGUGAAAGUUGAUGACAGUAUUGACAUUGAUCUGGAGGGUUUAAUUGAGCUUCUUGACCAUCGCCGUGGUCAGGAGGGGGCAUAUAUUGGAUGCAUGAAGUCAGGAGACGUGAUAUCGGAAGAGGGAAAGCCUUGGUAUGAACCUGAAUGGUGGAAGUUUGGGGAUGAAAAAACGUAUUUCCGACAUGCGUCUGGUUCACUUGUUAUACUUUCAAAGAAUUUGGCACAGUACGUUAACAUAAACAGUGUAUCUUUGAAGACCUAUGCCUAUGAUGAUACGUCGGUGGGGUCAUGGAUGAUGGGCGUCCAAGCAACUUAUAAAGAUGACAGUCGCCUUUGCUGCAGUAGUAUCAGACAAGACAAGGUGUGCUCCUUGACUUGAUUGUAUGAUCUUGGCUACCGGGUGCUCAUUUUACAAGUUAUCUGAAGAUCAGUGUCAGUCGAAGAUUUUACUCUUCUUGGAGCUUUGCAGACACUACCAAGUACCAAUAUAAUUCUUUGUAGAUCCAGUGAUCAGUUCAUUCUUUUUUAUAUCAGCAGCAGAACUAAAAGGAUAACUACAGAUUGACGGACUUCAGCAAUUGGAGCUCACUUGAUAUGUUUGGAAGUUCUUCGAUCAUAGUUGUUCUUUCUUAUUGUCUAUCUAUACAAAAACUUCUGUUGAUUAUCAAAAUAUUGAGGGAAAGAAACCGCUUUUACAGAAUAUUAAUGUAUUGAACCAAUUGCGAGCUAAUUGCAGACAUUGUCGAGCUGAGAUAUAGUUUGAAAUCUUGAAUCA